UUCGCUGAGAGCCUUCCCCGCGCGUGAGGCGAAUCCGGCAACGCUGCGGAAAGGAGAGAGGACAAGGCGGUGGCGGAGGCUGGGGACGGACCCCGACCGAGUGCGAGGAGGAACGUGGCCCCGCACCCUCUCCCUCUCCAGUGUGCUUGGGACGCCGGCCCCACACCGCUCGACCGCACUGGGUUCAACACAGAGCUAGCGAAGACGCCAGGCAGGAACCGGGGCGAGGUCUUCCCGGCCGCCUGGGCGCCCCGAGCGCAGGAUUCGCCCGCCGCGGAGAACCGCGCCCGGACCAGGAGAUCCCGUGGCUUCCCGAGCGCCGCCUGCGCCAGCUCACACCCUGAUGGAUGCCUGGUGUGGAUGAUGAGGGAAGAACGCGUCUCUCACACCAGAGAGGUAACCUUGCAGUGCACCCUGGAUGCCCCUGCGACCUGGAACAAUGCGGCUGGCCUGCAUGUUCUCGUCCAUCCUGCUGUUCGGAGUUGCGGGCCUCCUCCUCUUUAUCAGCCUGCAGGACCCCACGGAGCUCGCCCCCCAGCAGGUGCCAGGAAUAAAGUUCAACAUCAGGCCACAGCAGCCCCGCAAGGACCUCCAAGCAGGUAGUUCCCAUGAUGGUGACUCGAAAGUGUCCACAGAGAAAGCCACACAAGAUCUGUCCAGCUGGGCCCCAAGAGACCUCAAACUGCAGGUCCCUGACCAGCCUCAACUCCAUCCAAAGAGUGGGGCCCGUCUGCGACUGCGGCAGCGACGGCGGCGACUGCUAAUCAAAAAGAUGCCAGCUGCAGUGGCAGUCGUGACCAACAGCUCCUCCGAAACGCUUCUCCGCCCAGGACCCCAGGCCCUGGAAAGCCACUGGGUCAGCCUGCACCAGAGUCAGCAGGAGCGCAAGCGAGUGAUGCGGGAGGCCUGCGCUAAGUACAGGGCGAGCAGCAGCCGCAGGCCCGUCACACCCCGCCACGUGUCGCGCAUCUUUGUGGAGGACCGCCACCGCGUGCUGUACUGCGAGGUGCCUAAGGCAGGCUGCUCCAACUGGAAGCGGGUGCUUAUGGUGCUGGCUGGGCUGGCCUCGUCCACCGCGGACAUCCAGCACAACACGGUUCACUACGGCAGCUCCCUCAAGCGGCUGGACACCUUCGACCGCCAGGGCAUCCUGCACCGCCUGGGCACCUACACCAAGAUGCUCUUCGUGCGUGAACCCUUUGAGAGGCUGGUCUCGGCUUUCCGGGACAAGUUCGAGCACCCGAACAGCUACUAUCACCCCGUCUUUGGCAAGGCCAUCCUGGCCCGGUACCGGGCGAACGCCUCUCGGGAGGCGCUGCGGACGGGUUCUGGUGUGCGCUUCCCCGAGUUCGUCCAGUACCUGCUGGAUGUGCACCGGCCUGUGGGCAUGGACAUCCACUGGGACCACGUCAGCCGGCUGUGUAGCCCCUGCCUCAUCGACUAUGACUUUGUGGGCAAGUUCGAGAGCAUGGAGGACGACGCCAACUUCUUCCUGAGCCUCAUCCGAGCACCGCACAACCUGACUUUCCCGCAGUUCAAAGACCGGCAUUCGCAGGAGGCGCGCACGACCUCGAGAAUUACCCAUCAGUACUUCGCGCAGCUUUCGGCCCUGCAGCGCCAGCGCACUUAUGACUUCUACUACAUGGACUACCUGAUGUUCAACUACUCCAAGCCCUUCGCGGACCUGUACUGAGUGAGGAGCAGGGCUCGCUGGCAAGGAAGCCCCGCCCUGCCCACUCUCCUGUGUGCAGGACCAACUUUCUUCCAAGGCUCGGCAUCCAGAGCUGAGAUGUGCACAGGGCAACAGAGCUCUGAGGAUGUCGGGAACCGUGGCUGUGGGGUGUAGCAGCUCUGGGUGGGGGACGCUGGCCUUGGCCGUUGUCCCAUGCCCACUUCCUCACUCCUUGGCCAAGGGAGGUGUGAGAACUUGCUCCUCCCCGAGCUCAGCUAAAAACUACAAUGACCAGGGAAGCCUGGGACCUCAGGGCUGAGGGCCCCAGUGGUAAGGGACAUCCUGCAGUCCUUUAGCCUUUGCCUUGUACAAACCACGUGGUUUGGACCUUUUCUAUGACCUGGCGGGAGGUUCUGAAUAAAGCACUUGGUUU